UUACACAAAAGAGAGGAGGGGAGGCAACGGAGAUCGGGAAGUGAGGCGAGAGAGAAAAUGCAGAUCUUCGUUAAAACUCUCACCGGCAAGACCAUCACUCUCGAGGUCGAGUCCAGCGACACCAUCGACAAUGUCAAAGCUAAGAUUCAAGAUAAGGAAGGAAUUCCGCCGGAUCAGCAGAGGCUGAUUUUUGCCGGGAAGCAGUUGGAAGAUGGCCGUACUCUGGCCGACUACAACAUUCAGAAAGAGUCGACUCUUCACCUGGUGCUGAGGCUUCGUGGAGGAAUUAUUGAACCAUCUUUGAUGGCUUUGGCCAGGAAGUACAACCAAGAUAAGAUGAUCUGCCGCAAGUGCUAUGCUCGCUUGCAUCCCCGUGCUGUCAACUGUCGCAAAAAGAAGUGUGGGCACAGCAAUCAGUUGAGGCCAAAGAAGAAGAUCAAGUAGAUUUUGUUUUUGAAGAUGAGCCAACCUUGUAUCAGAUGGUUUCUCCAAUAUAUGGAACUAAGAAUCUCUAUAAUCCUUAAAAUUUGACUAAACUUUAGUAUGAUGUUUUGUUUCUUUCUUGUGGUUAUACUUGAGAUUGAAUUUGUUUCGGUACUGUUUUAACUUUUAUUAAAAGCUCUUUUGUUUAUCUUUUC